UUCACCAACAUUUCAUUUGAAAACAUAAAUGAUUAGUACACCAGUUCAAUGUUUAUAUGAUGGUUUUUUUUUCUUCUCCUGGUGAUUUGUUCUGAUUGUGUGUUUGUGCAUACUUACUGUAACCCCAGUAUUAGGAAGCAUGGUGGGAUUUAAACCCUCAGAUGUCCCCCCUCCACUGGGGGUGAAGAUGGCGAGUGCUGGGGCUGCGGCCUGUGUAGCUGACCUUUUCACAUUUCCUCUGGACACAGCCAAAGUCAGACUACAGAUCCAGGGGGAGAUGAAGGGAGUGGAAGGAAUCCGCUACAGAGGGGUGUUUGGGACAAUCAGCACCAUGAUCCGAACAGAGGGGCCCAGGUCGCUGUACAACGGGCUGGUGGCGGGGCUGCAGAGACAAGUGUGCUUCGCCUCCAUCAGAAUCGGCCUCUACGACAAUGUCAAAGAUUUCUACACUGGUGGCAAAGACAACCCUGGUGUGCUGGUACGUAUCCUGGCUGGCUGCACUACAGGCGCCAUGGCGGUGUCUUUUGCACAACCCACUGAUGUGGUGAAGGUUCGAUUCCAAGCCCAGAAGAACCUGGACGGUGUGGCCCGUCGCUACACUGGCACCAUGCAGGCCUACAGACACAUCUUCCAGAACGAGGGCAUGCGUGGACUCUGGAAAGGCACACUUCCCAACAUCACAAGGAAUGCGCUAGUGAACUGCACAGAGCUGGUUACAUACGACCUGAUCAAGGAGGCCAUCCUCAAACACAACCUGCUGUCAGACAACCUGCCUUGCCACUUCUUAUCUGCGUUUGGUGCAGGCUUUGUCACUACGGUGAUCGCUUCCCCAGUAGAUGUGGUUAAAACUAGAUAUAUGAACUCACCGCCGGGUCAGUACAAGAGCGCCAUCAACUGCGCCUGGACCAUGAUGACAAAGGAGGGGCCGACGGCUUUCUACAAAGGAUUUGUGCCCUCAUUUCUGAGGUUGGGAUCGUGGAACGUUGUGAUGUUUGUCACAUUCGAGCAAAUCAAGAGAGCCAUGAUGAUCACGAAGAAGAGGAUUGAGGACAAAAAUUGAGAGAAUCUGAAACCACUGACUUGGAACAUCGAAGAAGAAAUAUCAUUUUACAUUUUUUGUUUUAUUCUUUUUUUGUCUUGUGGCGACAAAGAAGAAAA